AUGUACCGGGAUGAUCCCGAUUUGCAAGCGCUCAUUGACUGGGUUCAAAUUUAUUUCAAGUGUUGUGGCAUGAGGUCGCCGAAUGACUGGGAUAUGAACAUCUAUUUCAAUAAGUCGUCCCAGCAAUUUUCAUCUCCUGAAGCCGGCGGUGUACCGUAUUCAUGCUGUAAGAAAAUGCGCGGUGUCGACGGUGGACCGAUCAAUUUUUUUUGCGGACAUGGCGCUCGACUCUUUAAGGAGGGUUUGAGUGAUGCGAUACACGGUGAAGGAUGUACUCCGAAAAUUGAAAAUUAUCUUUCACAGAAUAUGACUUACGUAGCCGUUGCAGUGAUUCUUGUUGCGGUCAUUCAAGUAAGUGGCCAUUUUGAGCAUCCUUGUCGCAGCCUUUGGCACGUCCAGCUGUGCGAGCUCUUGAAUUUUUUGCCUCUCACAGCAUUGCCGACUCGAUUUUAUGUGUUUUUUAUGCGUUUUUGCUGUGCAGCGCUAUAG